AAGGAGACGAAGGUGUUAUUUGGAAGCAGUGAAUGGCGUUGGACUUUGUUUUUCCCUUCGAUUCCUUCUUCUUCCAUUCGAAGAAACCACCUUUCUUAUCCAAACUCCCUUUUCUUUACAUUUAAUAUCAACCGUCUAUUCAGAUACAGAGUUAAUAUUGUAUGUAUUUAUAUUGACUCUGUGCUGAUGAUGAAAGUAAUUUGUACAAUGGCUCAUCUUCCCCUUCGCUUAGUAAUUUUCACCAUCUUAAUAACCAUGGUUGCCACCGUCACACCAAUAACCCAUCAACAUUUCAAAGAAGCCUCUAAAUUCUAUAAUUCUCCGGCUUGCCUUUCAAUAUCUGAACCCUAUAUUUUAUGCUCCCAUCAAGCGCUUCAUUUGGCAAUGACCAUCGACAAAGCUUACAUCAGGGGAUCCAUGGCCGCUAUUCUUUCCGUACUUCAACACUCCUCUUGUCCCCACAACAUUGCCUUCCAUUUCCUCAUCUCCGCCACCGCAAACGCCUCACUUUUACGCGCCACCAUAUCCUCCUCCUUCCCUUACCUCUACUUCAGACUCUACCCUUUUGAUCACUCUUCUGUUGCGCCUCUUAUUUCAACCUCAAUCCGUUCAGCUUUAGAUUGCCCUUUGAACUACGCUCGAAUCUACUUAGCUUCUCUCCUUCCUUCAUGCAUCCACCGUGUUUUGUAUCUUGACUCGGACCUGAUUCUCGUUGACGACGUUGCUGAACUCGCCGCGAUCCAACUCGGAGAUAACUCAGUUUUGGCGGCAACAGAAUAUUGCAGUGCCAACUUCGUUUCUUACUUUACUCCCACGUUUUGGUCCAACCCUUGUUUAUCCUUAACUUUUGCGAAUCGUAAAGCUUGUUAUUUCAACACAGGAGUAAUGGUGAUGGAUCUUGAUCGAUGGAGAGAAGGGGAUUACACGAGGAAGAUAGAAGAAUGGAUGGAGAUUCAAAAAAGAAUGAGGAUUUAUGAGUUGGGUUCAUUGCCGCCGUUUUUAUUAGUUUUCGCCGGGAACAUAGUUCCGGUGGAUCACAGGUGGAAUCAACAUGGGCUUGGGGGUGAUAACUUUGAUGGUCUUUGCCGGGAUUUGCAUCCUGGCCCGGUUAGUGUUUUACAUUGGAGUGGAAAAGGGAAGCCAUGGGCGAGGCUUGAUGCUAAAACACCCUGCCUUUUGGAUGCUUUGUGGGCAUCUUAUGAUCUCAUGGAUACUUCAUUUGCUUUUGAUUCUUGAAUCGAAUGCCAAAAUUAUGCUUCGGGUGUAAGUUUUUGUUGGCUAGGAAAGUGACGGAAUCGUCGAGAAACGGUGGAGCUAUAAAAGCUCUAAGCUGCAAUAAUGCCAGGGCGGAGCUUUAGCUAUGUGUUUACAAACGAUUGACGGAUUAAAUUAAAUGUGAACCAAAUUGCUUUAAUCCUCAACAGGUUUCAACUUUGAUUAUAGGAGUAACAAGGAUGUUAUUAGCAAUUACAUGUUUUUUAAUUAAUAAAUAUUAAAAUUAAUGUCUAUAAUCAAACAUAAA